AUGUUCAAGCGUCUGGUGACCGUUGCUCCCCGCGUCGGCGUUGUUGCGCCCCGUGCUUUCGCUCCCCUCGCUGGUGUGCAGUCCGUCCAGCCCAUCCAGCGUCAGACCUCUGCCCCUACCCAGCGCCGGAGCUAUCAUGAAAAGGUUCUCGACCACUACAACAACCCUCGCAACGUUGGAUCUUUCAAGAACGAACAAGAUGUCGGCACUGGUCUGGUCGGUGCACCCGCCUGUGGCGAUGUCAUGAAGCUUCAGAUCCGGGUGAACAAGGACUCUGGUCGCAUUGAUGAUGUGGUCUUCAAGACCUUUGGAUGUGGUAGUGCUAUUGCUUCUUCAUCUUACUUGACCGAGCUUGUGCGAGGCAUGACGUUGGAUGAGGCCGGCAAGAUCAAGAAUACCGAUGUGGCGAAGGAGCUUUGCCUGCCCCCAGUCAAGCUGCAUUGCUCAAUGCUUGCCGAGGAUGCCAUCAAGUCAGCCAUUUCCGACUACUACACGAAGAACCCCAAGGCCAAGACUACCGAUCUCUCCGGGACAGGUGCCUCCAUGGCCAAUGUGAAGGUGGAAAUUGAGCAGACUCCUACUGGCGGCGCUGCUGCUUCCAUGUAA